AUGCCACCUAAACCUUGGGAAAGUUAAUAAAGAGUUUAAAAAGCAACAGCAAUAACUUAAGAAUUAUAAUAGAACCAGACAAUAAACAAAUCUCCUGAUUUGCAGAUUUAAGAUACUGGUAUUGGAGAAAUGACUCAAGAAUAGGCUGCACAGGUUUCUGCUCUAGCAGCCAAUUCAGGAACAAAUAACCAGACCUCGUAUUAAAUUAAAAAAAUAUCCAUUAGUUCAUUAAAUAACAAUUUAAACUCCACUACAGGACUUGGCUAUGGAGGUCUAAACAGUUAUGGUGGAGGAUAUGGAGGAAUGGGAUAUGGUGGUAUGGGUGGAUACGGAGGAUAUGGAGGAUAUAGUAGUGGAUAUGGAGGAGGCAUGGGAAUGGGAAUGGGCAUGGGCUAUGGUAUGGGAGGCUAUGGAAUGAAUAGAUUUGGAAUGGGAAUGGGAGCAGGAAUGUAGUAGGGUAGCAAAAUGAUGCAGGCUUUGGAAUAUUUGGAUAGUGUUGGUUUCGUUGUUAAUAGUCUUUGUGAAAUAGCUAGGAUGAUAGAAAUGAAUACUCAAGGAUUAUAUAAUUUGGGAAUCAGCGGAUUAGCCUUGCUAGGAAGAUUAUAUACAGGAAAUAAAUGGUUAUGGCAUGUUAUUAUUAAUUUUAUCAAGAAAAUUUAUUACUAAAUAAAGACAUUUCUAUUAUUUGAAAAUUAAACAUCGAAUUAGAUAAAUUAAAAGUACAAAAAGCUAUUGAUUUUCGGAAUAAUUGUAUCAGCACUGUUAUUAUCAACUUUAAUAUAUCCUAAAAUGGUUAGUAACAAUUCUUCAAAUCCCAUACUCGAUUAAGUUUUUAAUUAAUAAAAAAUAUGA